AUGUCCCGCCCCUUCCCAGCCUCCCAGCCAAUCAGGGAGGCCACGGGGGAAGAAGGGGCGGAACUUCCAGUCACGAAGCCCACUGGGGCUUGCAGUCCCGUCCCUUUUGCCUUUUCCUCCCGGGUGCCUUCUAUUGCAUCCGCGGUGAGAAGGCACGGUGAGGAGGCAACCCCGGCCCUCUCGCCUUCGCCUCCCGGGUGCCUUCGAGGGCACCUGCGGGGAGAAGGCACGGUGAGGAAGCGACCCCAGCCCUCUCGCCUUCUCAUCCCAGGUGCCUUCUAUUGCAUCCGCGGUGAGAAGGCACGCUGUGUCAACUGUGCGGGGAUCACCAUGGACGAGUUCCUGCUCAAGCAGACGGAGGAGGCCUUCGACGCCGUGCUACGGGUCAACCUCAAGGGAACCUUCCUGGUGACACAAGCUGUGGCCCGGGCCCUCGUGGAAAGUGGCAAUGCCUCCGGAGGAUCCAUCAUCAACAUGGGCAGCAUCGUGGGCAAGGUGGGCAACCUGGGGCAGGUGAACUAUGCCGCCUCCAAAGCCGGAGUGGAGGCUAUUUCCAAGACGGCAGCCAAGGAGCUGGCCAGGUAUGGCAUCCGUUGCAAUACGGUCCUUCCCGGGUUCAUCCGCUCCCCGAUGACGGACAAAGUCCCCCAGAAAGUCCUGGACAAGUUUGCAGGGAUGGUGCCACUGGGCCGACUGGGAGACCCUGAAGACGUUGCUGACGUUUGUGCCUUUCUGGCCUCGGAGGACAGCUGCUACAUCACCGGAGCCGCAUCCCGGAGCCAGCCGGAGGUGACCCCGUGA